UUUUCUUCUACCUGCAUUUCGCCUUUCCAUUGUUACGCCCUUGUUGAUACUAAGACUGUGGUCAAGAUGGGUGGCGAUCUCAACCUCAAGAAAUCAUGGCACCCUUCGCUUAUGACAAACCAGAAGAAGGUAUGGGAGGAAGAACAGAAAGCGCUCGAGGAGCGGAAAAAGAUUGAUCAGAUUAUGAAAGAGCGCGCAGAAGAGAGACAAAUACAGGAGCUCGAAGAACUACAAGAGGCCGCAGGCGGGAAGAAGAGACAGCAACGUGUCGACUGGAUGUACUCAGGCCCAUCUAGUGGUCAAGCAGGGACUACAGAGGAAAUGGAAGGAUACUUGCUGGGCAAGAGAAGAAUAGACGGCCUCAUCAAGGGAACAGACAAUGAGAAACUCCAGAAGACCGCCACACCAGAUUCUCUCAUGGCUGUCCAAAAUGCAAAUACUCUAAGAGACACCGCUGCGAAAAUCCGAGAAGAUCCCAUGCUAGCAAUCAAGAAGCAGGAGCAAGCGGCAUACGAGGCGAUGAUGAACGAUCCAGUCAAGCGCAGAUUGUUACUGAAGGCUGCAGGCAGGGAUGAGCCUGACGCAGAGCGAGAACACAAGCGGAGAAAACACAGGCAUCAUCAUCGACAUCGCGAUGAACGGAACAGCCAUGAGAAGUCUCGUACAUACAGAGAUGACGAUCAGGAUCGCCAAGGACGAAGCAGACACCACCGACGGAGGUCACGCACGCCUUCAGAAUCACGUUCGCGGUCGCCUCCUCGACGAUCAGAGAGGUCGCGUUCUCGUUCUCCAUAUCGGAAACGAUCUUCAUAUCCAUCCGAAGAACGACGGCGACCACGAUCACGGUCGCGUUCACGUUCUUAUACCCCACCCCGGCGGAAUGGGCUUAGCAAUGGAGUCAGGAAAAUGCAAAGCUGGCAUUCAUCAAGGCCGGGGCGGCAGCGUUCGCCAUCGCCAGUAGGGGAUCGUGGGCGAGACAAGCCAUGUGAGGACGACAAGGCCGCAAGAUUGGCUGCCAUGCAACAGGAUGCCACAGUCCUCGAUCAACAGAGAGAACAGCGGCUAGCUGAGAUUGCGGAACGGGAGAGAGCUGAGCGUGAGCGCGAGCAUGCUGCCCGAAUGCGAAACGCCAAACACGGUGGACGUGCCGAUUUCGUCAAUAGCUUUCAUAAGAAAGCUGGCGAUAUGACACUAGGGCAACGUAUGGGCAGGAAUGGCGUGUCACAGAGAGAUGGGGAUGAAUAGAUCAUGACGAAAUAAUGACCUGAGUUCACA